AUGGCAUCCAAGUCAACUGCCGAUGACAUCGAUCCCGAGCGUGCCUCUCCACUGCUUCAGCUCCCAGCAGAAAUCAGGUUGGCCAUUUGGGGCCACCUUUUCCAGGACCCCGUUCACGUAAAAUCCAAGCAACAGGAUAAGUCCAUAAAUGCAUAUUAUUUCGAGAGAGAACCAUAUCUAGUCAAAACCGAAAUACCUAGGAUAGCCGAGGAGCUUGCUGCUAGGAGCACAAUAACCCCCGGCCUCCUUUCCACCUGCCAGAAAAUUGCAAGCGAGACCCUGCCAACCAUGGAAAAUCUGCCAUUUGUAAUGGCAUUAGCCGACUUUUGGCAGGUGAUCACCCGGCUGACACGAGACGAAAAGCGACGCAUUAAGCAUGUCUGGAUCACGAUUGGGCCUCAUGACUCCUCUGAGUUGCACGAAGCACUCUGUUAUGGACUGCGGUACUUCUUCAAGCUUGAGUCCAUCACAUUUCUCCUUCCGCCUCCAAUAGUUGCGCUCAAAGUAGCACAUCCAAACACGACCCAUCGAUACCUCGUCAAGAAGGCGCAGUGCUAUCCUAGGGAUGCUGUUUAUGACAAUUUGCAGAUACUCGGCGACAGGAUUAUAGAACUUACACGAGAGGAAUUUCACCGGCUACUCCAAGACCCUGUCAUCAAGGCCGCUUUUGCGAAGUACCCGGACUUCAAACUCGAGCUUGACGGCCAGGAGGAUUGGAGAGCUCACGUAUACAACCUGCUUGAAAAGCACCCCGAGGCCAAGCCUCUCUUCGGCAGUGACUGCGAAAUGUUCAUAUUUUCUCGUUACCUCUAUAAGCGUGGAGACGUUCUCGAUAUUGCGAAGGAGCUUGAGAACCUAUCGCAUUGGCUUCCGAACACAUGCACAUGGAAGGUUGUGGAUUGGAAUGAUGUUGGCAAAAUGUGGGAUUGGACUCAAUAUGGUAUUGCCAGAGGACAGUCACUUCAGUGACAACUGUCGAGCUCAUAGGUUCCGGUUGAGGUAGAGGAAGUAUUCUCCCUCCACUGGAAGGCGUGUCAUUAGUAUAUUUCCUCGUCAGACCACUUGUGUGGAUAUAUAUUGCAAAGAUCGGGUAAGAUGAGGCUCUGGAUUCGAUCGUUCAUC